AUGAGAAAUAAAUAUAUAAUAUUUUUAUAUUUAUUUGUAAUAAUAUCACAGAUUUAUUGUAGUGAUCCUCCAAAAUGUAAAACAACAAAAAAUGUUUACAAGGAUAGUCAGGUAUUUGGAGAUGGAGAUUCUAAAGAAAAGAAUGUGGAAUGGUGGUUUUUAGAGCAAUUGAGUCACAGUAAAGGUGCUAUUUAUACUGAUAGCACAUUAAAAGAAAUGAAUUCAGAGAUUAAUGAAAUAGUUGAUUUUAAUAUUAGAGAUCCAAAUACAACAAAACCAAACCCGAUUACAUCAACAUACAAACAGAGUUUACCAAAUGAAUCUGGUGCUAUUUUAUUUAAUAGUUUAUCUUAUAAUGAUCAACCCAGUCAUGGUGAUAAUAGUGUUUGUGUUAAUUAUUUUAUCUUUUUUUUUUUUUUUUUUUUUUUUUUGAUUAUUAUUUUGUUGUUAAUAGCACAUGCAAAAGGAUUUUUCAUUUGGAAUGAAAAUGGGGGAAUUCAUGUAAUUCACAGUGUUCCAAAAUCUCCAGAAACAGGAUAUGAACCUCUUUUUAAUUUCAAUGAAAAUACUUUAAAUAAUCAACAUGCUCAACAUUCAAUUUGUAUAACUUUGUCAAAAGAAGAACUUUAUAUUAUUCCAAAGUAUAUUAUUUAUAGUAAUUUAAAUAUUCAAACCAUUAAUACAGUUUCAACAGUAAAUGGUAAUAAAAAGGUAUCAUCAGCCAAUUAUUAUUCCGAAAAUCUCCAAACAAAGGUUGAAAGGAUAAGCACAGGAGUCAUUAAGUUGGAAAAAAUUAAUAGUACAAUUUUAGCAUCACAAAUUCCCAAAACUUUUAAAGAAUUGGAUAGUCUAAUGAGUGAAUAUAUUUUUGUUGGAAAAAAUAAUGAUGGUGAUCCUGAUAUAUGGGAUGGAAUUAUUUAUUUAAAUAAAUGGUCACAAUUGGCAGAUUUAAUUCUAGACAAAGAUAUUACAUCAUCAGAUACAGCUCAAAAUCCUCUUGAAACAAAUGUUCACUAUAAUAAAAUUUAUGAGAGUAAAAAUAAAGGGGAUUACUUCAUUCAAACAACAAAUAAAUACCUCUAUAAAGAGUAUAAUGAAAAAAUUGAGGAAAAUAUUAAAUUUUUAAUAAUUUGGCAUUAUAUAGAUAAUUUUAAAAAUGGUAAUAAUUUUAAAACAAUGGUCCAUACUCAAACAAAGGUUUCAAAAAGUAAAAAUGCAAUUUCUCAAGCAGUUGAAUCAAUUUAUCUUUCUUACAGAUUCGAAACACCUUGGUCAAAAGUUAUUAGUGCUGAUUCAGGAAGUGACCAUUCAAAAAUUUCUUAUCAAUUCAAUAAUAUAGAUAAAGUAGAUAGCGGUGGCGGUGGUGGGACUAUUUGCUUUGGUGAUUUAAAUUGGCAAAGAAAGCAAGAGGCACGUGGAGGUGGUGCUUUUUGUAGUGAUAAAAUGAAAUAUCUUUCUGAAUACUUUUACAGAAGAGUUGGUAUAAUUAGACACCCAGAGGAAAAUCAAUAUCUUAAAAAAGAAUUAUUAAGAUUAAAUAGCAUUGCAGGUCAAAAGUUGAAUUUAAACGGAUUAAUAACUAAAUAUCCAAAGGAACUCAAAGUCAUUUUAGGUGACAGAAAGCUAGACUUUGAAACCAAGGUUAAAGGUUAUGGAGAUGAUGAAAAAUACUAUCAUUUGAAUCCAUUUAUUAUCGUUUACAAUAAUGAAAAAGAUGAAGAUAAAUUAUUUUCAAAUGAAUAUAAUUAUGGUUAUGACAAUGUUUAUAUUCCACUAUUAACCCAACUUAAGGAUCAAACUUCAACAAAUAAAUACAAAUCAGAGUUAUUCGAUUUCAAUGUGUUUCCAUCAAUUAAAAGGGAAAUUAUUUUAUGUGAUGAUAAUGAUGUCACUUGUAGAUUUGAAAAAUCCAAAUCUUACCAAUUGUAUAAAGAUAUCUAUGUUGAAUCAACAUUAACAGUUACUUUAAAAGAUAGACGUGUAAACGAUGAAACAGAAAAUACAAUUGUUGUACCAACAUCAACAGUCACACCUUUCCCAGACAAGAUAUAUAUCGAUUUAAAAACUGUGGAUUCAGUUAAAAGACUCUAUGAAAAAUUGAAUUUUAAAAAAAAUGAAAACAUCAUUCAAUUGAAAGAAGUCAAUAUAGAAGAUUUAGAAAAAUUUAAAUUCCCAGAUGAAGGCGAUCAAAGUGAUAGCGAAGAAGGUCAUGAUGAUAAAGAUUAUAAUGAAAUUAAUAAAAAAAUAUGUAAAGCUUAUCCAAGUGAUACAGAUUCAAAAAUCAUUAAUUAUCAUCCGGAUUGUCAAGAUCAUCUUAUCUAUUGUAUUCUCUUAACAGAAAAUAAACAUGGUGAUCUACAAAAUAUCAAUUCCAUUGAAGAGUUUAGAAAAGUUUUGGGUGAAUAUACCGAAGGUUUUUUAAAAUUGGAUAAAUGGUGCAUUAAGAAAUAA